GGCAGUGUCCUCCCCAUCGUUCCCAAAAUAGAUGUCACAGGUCCUCGGGAGCCGCUGGCUUGAACAAGAGGAUGCUUCCCCCCCUAAGAGAGAGCCCAACGAGUCGACAGCACCCCGAGUCUACCCGCUUAAACAAUAACCGAUACCGGCUGUUCUGUUUCGCGUUCACAUAUCGUCAGGCUGCAUGCUGCUCCGACCAACUGCAACUCUUCGUACUGUUGUGCCAGUGGCAAUGGAAGAAGAGCCGCGUUCCUGCUUCCAGUAGCCCCAGUUAUUGCCACGGAAAUUCAUUCAGAAGGUUGAAACUAGCAGGGAAUUCUUUCACACACACAAACCCGAGGAAACCAUCCCCAGUGCUAGUCAUGGCUUCCUUCGCCUCACCACGCCCCACCCGAGCCAAUAAAGCAACUGUGAUCUCUUCCCCUCUCACAGCUCCAGCCUCUGUUUUCAACAAUCUGAGCGAGUCCCUGGAAUAAUGCAGUUUUGGUCGCGGGUCAUUUUCCGGGUCUGUUCUCUAAGUUCGUUGAUUGCAUGGUGGAAUCUGAUAUCACAGAAUAAAUGCA